GUUGAUACGUAAAACAAAUAUUCAGAAUAUUAUAUAUUAUUCAACCAUUUUGGGUACAUUCAUCUUUGGUAUAAUAAACAUGCUUUAUUACCGAUUAAGAUACUGGUAUGAUAGUUCUUUAUGGGUGAUGCCUUAUGCACCUACUAUGCCUUGGUUCGAUUACUCUUCUUCGCCAAUAUAUGAAUAUGGCGCACUUUUCCAAUGCUUCAGUAUGUUAAUCUAUGCUAUUCAGAUUGGAAAUUCAUUUUCUACAAUGAUUGGUCUUUUGGCUCACAUUAGCAUACAAAUGGAUAUUUUGAGCAAUGUUUUUAGGUAUCUUAAAAUUAGAGCUGAGAAAUUGCAAAAAUUGGACAUUGAUAAGAGCAAACCGUUUGAGCAUUACGUGGACAUCCUUUUCCGAGAGAAUAUAAAUCAUCAUUUGAAAAUAUUCGAGUUAGCCGAUGAGAUAGAGAAAUUUUACAGUGUUAUUAUUCUUAUUUUAAUGAUGUCCUUUAUUAUAAUUCUGUGUUUCGUUCUCUACUGCUGUCUUGUGUUUCCCAUUUUUAGCAUAUUUUUCAUGCAGAACGCCACCUACAGCUGCAUUAUCUUAUGUCACAUAGCUAUGUAUUGUUAUUGGGGUAAUGAGGUGAGUGAUGCAUCUUUGGGCGUUGCGCAAGCUGCAGCAGAAGUCGAUUGGGUCGAUCUCCCGGGAAAUAUCUCUAAAUCUUUAAUCAUGGUCAUUCUCCGUGCCCAAAAACCUCUACAUAUAACUGCUGGGAAGUUAUUUCCUCUCAGUAUGACCACAUUCAUGAGUAUUAUGAGAAGAACUUUUUCGUUUUUAAUGUUGUUAAAACAAUCUCAAGAAUUAUCUAAUUGA